AUGAUUACCGGUGUGUUUGUUGGUGGAACAUCUGGCAUAGGGCGCGCCAUGGCCCAAGCGUUUGCUCGCCAUACGAACGGCAAUGCUCACAUCGUUAUCAUUGGCCGCAACAAAAUUGCAGCAGCAGAACUCAUUGCUUCGUUUCCUAAAGCCGACACCAAUGCUAUUCACGAAUUCAUCCCAUGUGAUGUAUCCCUGAUAACGAACGUCCAUAACACAACUUCAGAACUUGCACGACGCCUUCAACGAAUUGACUACCUUGUUCUAUCUUCUGGCAUACUCAUUUUCGCUGGGAGGAAUGAAACAAGCGAAGGUCUAGAUGAUAAAAUGGCUUUGAGCUAUUACUCUCGUUGGACGUUUAUCCAUGACUUGAUACCUCUUAUGCAAAAGUCUGAGCGGGGUGCUAAGGUGAAUCUCUUAACCUAUGACCAUAUCUUGGACAAGAUAAAUCUCUUGGAACAGAAAUUCGCAAAGGAGGAACCCAACAUGUCGUUCAACCAUGCAUUCCCUGGUUUUGUUCGUUCCCCGAUGCUUACGCCGUCGACAUGGUAUUGGAAAAUCCCCUAUUAUCUUGUGUAUCCUAUAUUUUCAUUCAUAUCUGUGACGCCAGAGGUUUCCGGUGACAUCCACUUUGCUGCUUUGUUGGAGUCUCCUCCCGGAUUCCACUCCUACAACCCAAAAGGAAAAUUAAUGCAAUACAAGCCUGCAGAAGAAGAAACUGUAGAAAUUGUUUGGGAACACACUCUAGAGUUGACGGAACGGUUGCAUGAGCACUGA